AUGGAUAGGUAUAUGUGUAGUAUCUUCCAGCAUAUAACGAAGAAUUUAAAAUAUGAUUCGAGUGAUGGAAAAUAUAAUUUGAAUGAUGAUGCAACUCUCAAAAAUUAUUGUGGUAAUGGAAAAUGUGAAGAGGAAAUCGGUAAAAUUAGUGCUGCAUGUUUAUAUUUUUUUGAUGAACUCAUUGGGAAUUCUGCUGCAAAAAGUAACAUCAAUAUUGUUGAAUACAUUAUGAUAUGGUUAAGUUAUAUGUUAAUCCAAACCAAAAGUGGAGAAAACAACAGUCUAAAUGAAGUUUAUACUAAACAUAUAGAAAAUGACGAGAGGUAUAAAAAGGAAAUAAAUGGUGUUACUGCUUAUAAAGAUUAUAAGGAUCUUAUAGAUAGAAAUUCUUAUUUUUUAAGUAUGGAUAAAAAUAUUAUAUAUAAAUUAUAUGAUGCAUUAGCAUCAUUAUGUAGUAUGUAUGUUAACGAAGAUGGACACGUCCCAACUUGCGAUGAAUGUAAGAAAGCUGCAAAUACGUUUGUUGAAAGAUAUGAAGAAACUAUCAAAGAUCCUAAUAUUAGUAAAAAUGGUUUAUAUAAUAAAGUAUUAUCUAUUUUAUCUACUUUAUCAACUGAUUAUGAUAAUUUAAAAAAGAAAAAUGACAAUAGUUCAUCCUUGCCAUCGAUAAAAACAAAGAUUUAUCUACAAAAAUAUGGAUUUUUUUCAUUAAGUUUGUUGAUAACAAACUAUUUUUAUAUACUUUUAUUGAUAUUUGGUACAAUAGUAUUUUUUAUAGGAAUUUAUUAUAAGUAUUCGUUAUCUGGAUUUCGGAAACGAUUUAAAAAACAAUAUUUAAGGAAAAAACUAAAAAAAAUAAAGAAGGAAUGGACCAUUGAUAUAUGA